AUAUGCAUUCUUUUUAUAUCCUAAAGAACUCCUAGUUCAUGGCAUCCACAUUGUUGUAGGACCCAUAGCAUUGUGAUCCUGACGGUACUGAAUCCGAAGUGUGAAUUCCCCUCGUGUUCGCCCUGUGCCUGUUCUUCCUCUGUUGGCAGUGGGCUCUGCUGAAUGUUGUGGGAACAGUGUUUGUGUUUCUCCUGCUUGAAGCCAUUUCUUUGUGUUUUCCCUUCCCUUGCAGUGAUGUCACUGACAGCUACCCCUGCCUGGCAACAGCCUCCUGAGCUGCACCGAAUGUCCCCACAAACUGCGUCUCCAAUGUCCCCACACUCAGCUCCAACAUGUGGGCAUUGCCCUGCCCAUGGGCAGACUCCGGACCAUGUCCCUGAGAGGCCACCAUUGCCCCAAGAGGUAGAUUGUGCUCUGUUUAACAACUCUAAUCACAGUGAGUCUGCUGCAGCACCUCAUCCAUUGCAUAGAGAACAGAAACAAACACUGGGAGAGAGGAAAACUGACAUUCAACAUGAUCCAGCAACUAAUGGAUACCAUAAGGGACAACCUACCUCGACAGUUGGCCCAAACAGAAAAGGGAAGAUGAGUGCGGAGGAGCAGAUGGAGAGAAUGAAGAGACACCAGGAAGCACAUCUCCAGGAACGGUGUGGCUCUGCUGCUCCAUCCCAGAGGCGAUUGACUGUGUCCUCCCUAAUGAGAGAGGCCUCUCCAAGGGCAUCGAAACGCAACUCCGUGAACCUCCUGGACAAUAGACCGGUGACUACUAACAUGGUAGCCUCUCGAUCCCAACCCAGAAACAUCUGGAAUAGUCUGGUCAAACCAACGACUGCGUCAGAGACACCUGAAACUCCAAAUGUGACUGCAUCAAGUAAAUUGAUGAUGACAUUAUCAUCGCCAAGAACAACAACUGAAAACCAAACCCAAAAAAAUAAUCGCAUUGUCAGAAAAGAGUGUAAUCCCAGUAAGGUAAUCAUCACCUCCCGAUACAUCGAUGCAGACCCUGGGACACCCCUUAGCCCAGAGCAGCUGCAGGAGAAGGAAAGAACAUUGCAGAAAAUCAAGACCAUGAUCGCAAAGACCAGUCCUGCUGUAGCUGGGAACUGGGCCGCUGCAGAUCGAGCCAUGCAGCUGGGAGAGAGAGAGAGGGAGCGGAUUAUUACUCUCUCGUACAGUCUCGCCACUGAAGCCUCACAGCACAGCAAGGCCCUGGCAGCUAAAGCUUUAGCUGAGUUCCGGAAGCAGGAGGAGAAGUCAAACAGUCCCCAGGGCACAGGACUCUCUGAGGAAACUGCGUCUCAGUCAGAACUGCAGCAAAAUGGACUCACUUUCAAUUUAGGACAUCACAAAGAGACAAUCAAUCCACACUCAGGAUAUUAUGAAGAAUCAGCCAACACAAAUUCAGGCCAAAAUAACCAAUGGGAAAGUACCAAUCAGAGGCAGUGAUGUGGAGGUGCUGGUGUAGCACGGGGCUGGUCAAGGCCUGAAGUCACAUGACUCCAGGUUAUAAUCCAAUGGGUCUAUUUGAAAUCA